GGAAUCUCUUUGUUCUAAGAUUACCUGAAGAAUUAUUGAUUGAAUAAAAAUUAGUCCUUUGAUUUUUUUUCAGUUGAGAAUUCCAUGACCUAGACGAUGUAGCAGGACACACCAAUUGAAAUAAUUAAAUAUUUUUAUUUCGUUUUCGAAAUUUCGUAACAUAACUCAGUUUUAUUGAAGUGUUUUUCUUGCAUUUUCCAUGAAUGGAUUUAAAGACAGUGUUUUGGUGACUAACGCGCCAAAUAGUUUUUCAAGACGUUUGUUUUGAAAUGAAUAAACAAUGAAGAAUAUACUUUUUAUAUUUGUUUUCGUUAUAAUUUUCAUUUGGAUAAAACCAUCGGGGGCUCAAGAACUGAACUGUACAGAUCCUACACCCAGCGACGGCUCUGCACUACUUCCUGGCGGCCUUCUGCAUGGAAGUUUCGCGCAGAUUAGUUGUGACCAAGGAUUCACCUUAAAUGGAGACAGCAUUAUUCUUUGCUUUAAUGGUACCUGGAGUACCGAUACAACUUGUGAUAUAAUUGACUGCGGGGAUCCAACUCCGACUUACGGACUCAGCAAUCACACAAGUACCACCUACCAAUCAACGGCCGGUAUAUCAUGUAACGUCGGCUAUAAUCUCCAGGGAUCAUCUUUCAUUGAAUGCCAGUCAGACAGUACUUGGAGUGACUCACCUACUUGUCAACCUCAUGACUGUGGAACCAUAACCCUGACAGACGGAUCAGUUAAUACACCAGGGGGCACUACUUACAACCAGGAGGCGACGCUGUCAUGUAACACCGGAUACACGUUGAAUGGACCUUCCGUGGUUGAAUGUCUAGUUUCUGGCUGGAAUGACAGUUCUACGUGUGACAUCGUCGUUUGUGGAAACCCAACGCCGACGAACGGUGUGGCGGACGCUCCGGCAGGAUUUACGUACGGCAAGAUGGCUGUAAUUUCUUGCAAUACGGGACAUACUCUGUCCGGUGAUACGUUAAUCAUAUGUCAGGCUAAUGGCACGUGGAGUGAUUCCCCUACAUGUGAAAUCAAUGACUGUGGAACUGUCACACCAGCUGACGGCAUAGCUAACGGGUCUUCCACCACGUACGGAACUGUGUUGAGUAUAGAAUGUAACACAGGGUACGUCUUGAGUGGUGCAACCGUAACUGAGUGUCAGGCAAACUCAGAGUGGACAGACGAACCACUCUGCAACCCCAACGAUUGUGGAGUAGCAGCACCAGCUAAUGGCCAGGCUUCCACGCCGUUAGGUACCACAUAUACUCAAGAAGCAGCUAUCUCGUGUGACCCGGGUUAUGACCUCGACGGACCGUCUGUACUUGUGUGCACGGAAACUGCCUGGAACGACACGGUUACAUGUGUGAUACAAGACUGUGGUGACCCAGCUCCUGACAAUGGCUCCGCCGUGAUUCCAGUGGCUACAACGUACGGUGAGGUGGCGAUUAUUAGCUGUGACACAGGCUUCACGUUAAAUGGGGUUAAUUUCAUUACUUGUGAAGACGGAGCGACAUGGAGUUCAACACCAACAUGUGAAAUAAAUGACUGUGGUGAUCUGACACCUCAGAAUGGGUCACGAAGUGCCGGACCUACCACCUACACGUCAUCAUUGACUAUAGCAUGUGAUACAGGGUUCGAUCUGGUCGGUUCCGCAUCAAUCACAUGUCAAGCUGAUUCCACAUGGACUGAAUACCCGACUUGUGACCCCAAAGAUUGUGGAACCUUGAUUGUUGUAAAUGGACAGUUUACUGCUGCAUCAGGAACGACAUUGGGAGAAACAGCAACACAAUCCUGCAAUACUGGUUACACGUUAGCAGGAGAUGCGACAGUCACAUGCACAGAUUCCGGCUGGAACAGUUCUGCUGCAACAUGUACCAUCGUCGACUGCAUGACUCCAACAAUCAUUAACGGAGAAACUGCUGAAACUCCAAGAGGCACCACAUACGGCGAGAUAGCUAUAAUGGCAUGUGCAGGCGGCUAUACGCUAAAUGGAAAUGCGUUUGUAACCUGUCAGGCCGAUGGCAGCUGGACAACACUUCCAGCGUGCGACAUUAGAAACUGUGGUGAUCCCACUCCGUCAGCUGGUACUUCGAAUGACACAAACUACGAGUACGGUACAGCAAUUCAAGUCACAUGCAACAGUGGUUACACUAUUCAAGGGAGUUCAUCGAUUAUUUGCCAGGCUGAUGGUACUUGGAGUGACAGUCCAACUUGCGAUCCGGAAGAUUGUGGAACCUUGACCGUUGUAAAUGGACAGUUUACUGCUGCAUCAGGAACGACAUUGGGAGAAACAGCAACACAGUCCUGCAAUACUGGUUACACGUUAGCAGGAGAUGCGACAGUCACAUGCACAGAUUCCGGCUGGAACAGUUCUGCUGCAACAUGUACCAUCGUCGACUGCAUGACUCCAACAAUCAUUAACGGAGAAACUGCUGAAACUCCAAGAGGCACCACAUACGGCGAGAUAGCUAUAAUGGCAUGUGCAGACGGCUAUACGCUAGAUGGAAAUGCGUUUGUAACCUGUCAGGCCAAUGGCAGCUGGACAACACUUCCAACGUGCGACAUUAGAAACUGUGGUGAUCCCACUCCGUCAGCUGGUACUUCGAAUGACACAAACUACGAGUACGGUACAGCAAUUCAAGUCACAUGCAACAGUGGUUACACUAUUCAAGGGAGUUCAUCGAUUAUUUGCCAGGCUGAUGGUACUUGGAGUGACAGUCCAACUUGCGAUCCGGAAGAUUGUGGAACCUUGAUCGUUGUAAAUGGACAGUUUACUGCUGCAUCAGGAACGACAAUGGGAGAAACAGCAACACAGUCCUGCAAUACUGGUUACACGUUAGCAGGAGAUGCGACAGUCACAUGCACAGAUUCCGGCUGGAACAGUUCUGCUGCAACAUGUACCAUCGUCGACUGCAUGACUCCAACAAUCAUCAACGGAGAAAUUUCUGAAACUCCAAGAGGCACCACAUACGGCGAGAUAGCUAUAAUGGCAUGUGCAGACGGCUAUACGCUAGAUGGAAAUGCGUUUGUAACCUGUCAGGCCGAUGGCAGCUGGACAACACUUCCAACGUGCGACAUUAGAAACUGUGGUGAUCCCACUCCGUCAGCUGGUACUUCGAAUGACACAAACUACGAGUACGGUACAGCAAUUCAAGUCACAUGCAACAGUGGUUACACUAUUCAAGGGAGUUCAUCGAUUUUUUGCCAGGCUGAUGGUACUUGGAGUGACAGUCCAACUUGCGAUCCGGAAGAUUGUGGAACCUUGACCGUUGUAAAUGGACAGUUUACUGUUGCAUCAGGAACGACCUUGGGAGAAACAGCAACACAGUCCUGCAAUACUGGUUACACGUUAGCAGGAGAUGCGACAGUCACAUGCACAGGUUCCGGCUGGAACAGGUCUGCUGCAACAUGUACCAUCGUCGACUGCAUGACUCCAACAAUCAUCAACGGAGAAACUGCUGAAACUCCAAGAGGCACCACAUACGGCGAGAUAGCUAUAAUGGCAUGUGCAGGCGGCUAUACGUUAAAUGGAAAUGCGUUUGUAACCUGUCAGGCCGAUGGCAGCUGGACAACACUUCCAACGUGCGACAUUAGAAACUGUGGUGAUCCCACUCCGUCAGCUGGUACUUCGAAUGACACAAACUACGAGUACGGUACAGCAAUUCAAGUCUCAUGCAACAGUGGUUACACUAUUCAAGGGAGUUCAUCGAUUAUUUGCCAGGCUGAUGGUACUUGGAGUGACAGUCCAACUUGCGAUCCGGAAGAUUGUGGAACCUUGACCGUUGUAAAUGGACAGUUUACUGCUGCAUCAGGAACGACAUUGGGAGAAACAGCAACACAGUCCUGCAAUACUGGUUACACGUUAGCAGGAGAUGCGACAGUCACAUGCACAGAUUCCGGCUGGAACAGUUCUGCUGCAACAUGUACCAUCGUCGACUGCAUGACUCCAACAAUCAUUAACGGAGAAACUGCUGAAACUCCAAGAGGCACCACAUACGGCGAGAUAGCUAUAAUGGCAUGUGCAGACGGCUAUACGCUAGAUGGAAAUGCGUUUGUAACCUGUCAGGCCAAUGGCAGCUGGACAACACUUCCAACGUGCGGCAUUAGAGUUUGUGACGAUCCCGUACUUUCAAACGGGGAUGUCAAUACCACAGCAAGGGCAUACGGCACAGUUAUAUCAGUAUCAUGUGAGGAUGGUUAUACACUACAAGGUUCGGAGAUAAUUGUCUGCAAGUCAGAUGCCACAUGGAGCGACUAUCCAACAUGCGAACCCAUUGAUUGUGGAGACCCAAUGCCAUCUGGCGGAGCCGCUACUAUCUUGUCUGGUACAACAUACGGAAUGAACGCUACAGUAACGUGCAACCAGGGAUACAAUCUGACAGGUUCAUCUUACAUAACGUGUGACGUAACAGGCUGGUCUGACACACCCACAUGUACAGUUCAAGACUGCGGCGAAUUGUCACCGGGAAAUGGUUCAGUCAUAACACCAGAAGGAACAACAUAUGGAUCAAUGGCUGCCGUCACGUGUCACGAUGGUUACGUACUGGUGGGUGACAUCAUAUUAAGAUGUCAAGCAGGACCACAUUGGAGCAGUUAUCCUGUUUGUAUUAAAGAUUGUGGCGACCCCUCACCUGAGAACGGAAAGGCAAGCACAUUGUCUGGAACUACUCUUGACCAGACCGCAACGAUAACGUGCAACGAGGGUUAUGCAUUAGACGGGUCCUCCUCUAUCAAAUGUUUAGAAACAGGAUGGAAUGAUACCACUACAUGUGUCAUCAAAGAAUGUGACGAUCCUUCACCAGACAAUGGUGUGGCACUUACUCCAGAAGGUACACAGUUCGGAGACACUGCUUUUGUCACUUGUAACGAGGGUUUUACACUUGAGGGCAGCGGCUUUAUUUCUUGUGGAUACAAUGGUAGCUGGAGCUCUUAUCCGACUUGUACGAUCAAAGAUUGUAGUGAUCCCGUACCUUACAAGGGGACAGCGAAUGAUUCGUCUACAACAUACGGGAGCGUCAUUGAGAUAAUUUGUGACACUGGACACGUCAUUUCCGGUUCUUCUGUAAUCACGUGCAACGCAGACGGCACUUGGAGUGAUGUACCGACGUGUGACCCUGAUGAUUGUGGAAAUCCUACACCAGCGAACGGUUAUGCUGACUUAACAUACGGUACAACUUACAAUUCUAACGUCACAGUCACGUGUGACACCGGCUACAAUCUGACAGGAUUUUCAGUGUUAUAUUGUCUAGAAACAGGGUGGAGUGAUACACCAAGCUGUAACAUACAAGAAUGUGAAGAUCCAACACCACUGAACGGUAAUUCGGAGCAGACGAGAGGUACAACCUUUGGUUCCGUUGUUAUUGUCAAUUGCAAUGAUGGGUACCAGCUGGUAGGACACACCCACAUCUACUGUGAUGCUGGACCGAUAUGGAGCUCCACGCCCACUUGUAUUAAAGACUGCGGUGACCCGACCCCAAACAACGGCUUUGCCAAUAUACCUUCUGGAACGACCUUCAGUGAAACAGCAACAAUUACUUGCAGUCCUGGUUACAACCUCAAUGGAUCUUCUACUCUUACAUGUCAACAAAGUGGCUGGGAUGACACCCCUACAUGUUAUAUACAAGAUUGUGGAGAUCCGCCAUUAGGAAAUGGAACAGCAAAUACUCCGACAGGAACAACAUACGGUGAAGUAGCAUUUAUCAGCUGCAAUGAAGGUUACACUUUGCAAGGAGAAGAACAUAUUACCUGCGAGGAUGGAGGAUCGUGGAGUUCUACUCCAGCUUGUAUAAUAAUAGAUUGCGGAGAUCCGGCCCCUACUAACGGUCAGUCAGACACGCCGGAGGGUACCACUCUGGGAUCUGUAGCUGGUGUUAGCUGUAACGAUGGUUACAUACUGUCUGGAGACGCCAUACUGACAUGUGAAGCUGGUCCAAUAUGGAGUGAUGACUCAACUUGUAUUAGAGACUGUGGAUCUCCUGUGGUUGAAAAUGGAAAUGUAGACUCUCAAGCGGGCACGUUAUUCGGCCAGUCGGUGACAGUUACAUGUAAUGAAGGGUACGAUAUAUCAGGAGCUUCGACUUGGACAUGUGUUGAUUCUGGCUGGAAUGCCACGGCAUCUUGUGUUAUACAAGACUGCGGAGAUCCAGUCCCUACUAACGGUCAGUCAGACACGCCUGAAGGUACCACUCUGGGAUCUGUAGCUGGUGUUAGCUGUAACGAUGGUUACGUUCUAUCUGGUGACGCAAUACUGACAUGUGAAGCGGGUCCACAAUGGAGUGAUAACUCAACUUGUAUUAGAGACUGCGGAUCUCCUGUGGUUGAAAAUGGCAAUGUAGACGCUUCAUCCGGCACGUUAUUUGGUCAGUCGGUGUUGGUCACAUGUAAUGAAGGGUUCGAUAUAUCGGGAGCUUCUACUUGGACAUGUGUUGAUUCUGGCUGGAAUGCCACGGCAUCUUGUGUUAUACAAGACUGUGGAAAUCCAGCAUUUGAGAACGGAAUAGCAAGGACUCCUACUGGAACAACAUUCGGUGAAGUAGCAUUUAUUAGCUGUAAUGAAAGCUACACUUUGCAAGGAGACGAGCACAUUACCUGCGAGGACGGAGGGUCGUGGAGUUCUACUCCAAGUUGUAUUUCAAUAGAUUGUGGAGAUCCAGCCCCUACUAACGGUAAUUCUGACACGCCUGAAGGCACCACCUUGGGAUCUGUAGCUGGUGUUAGCUGUAAAGAUGGUUACAUUCUGUCUGGAGACGCAAUACUGACAUGCGAAGCGGGUCCACAAUGGAGUGAUAACUCAGCUUGCGUAAGAGAUUGUGGAAUUCCCUCUGUGACAAACGGCGCUGUUGAUUAUUCGUCCGGAACAUUAUUUGGUACCACGGUGACUGUUACGUGUUAUAUAGGGUACAAUCGGACAGGAGCUUCAACCUGGGCGUGCGUUGACUCUGGAUGGAAUGACACAACCACCUGUGUCAUACAAGAUUGCGGAGAUCCGUCUCCGACCGAUGGAGUGGCAAAGGUCCCUACCGGAACGACAUACGGUGAAGUUGCCUUUAUUAGCUGUAACGAAGGUUACAUAUUGCAAGGAGAGGAACAUAUUACUUGUGAGGAAGGGGAGAUUUGGAGUUCCUACCCAUCAUGUAUUAAAGAUUGUGGCGAUGCGACACCAGUCAACGGUGAAGCAAGUUACUCCGCUGGUACAACUCUUGGUGAAACUGCAACUGUAACAUGUAAUUCCGGGUAUGACCUGACUGGCUUAUCUUCACUUACAUGUACUGACAGCGGCUGGGACGAUACACCGAUAUGUGUAAUACAAAACUGUGGAGAUCCUGCACUUGCGAACGGAACAGCAAAUACUCCGACGGGAACAACAUACGGUGAAGUAGCAUUUAUAAGCUGUAAUGAAGGUUACACUUUACAAGGAGAUGAACAUAUUACCUGCGAGGACGGAGGAUCGUGGAGUUCUAGUCCUACUUGUGUUUCAAUAGACUGUGGAGAUCCAGCCCCUACAAACGGCCAGUCAGACACACCUGAAGGUACCACUCUGGGAUCUGUAGCUGGUGUUAGCUGUAACGAUGGGUACGUUCUGUCUGGGGACGCCAUACUGACAUGUGAAACCGGUCCAAAAUGGAGUGAUAGCCCAACGUGCGUUAGAGACUGCGGAUCUCCGGUGGUUGAAAAUGGCAAUGUAGACGCUUCAUCCGGCACGUUAUUUGGUCAGUCGGUGUUGGUCACAUGUAAUGAAGGGUUCGAUAUAUCAGGAGCUUCGACAUGGACAUGCGUUGAUUCUGGCUGGAAUGCCACGGCAUCUUGUGUUAUACAAGAUUGCGGAAACCCGCCACUUGAAAACGGAAUAGCAAAGACUCCGACGGGAACAGCGUAUGGGGAAGUAGCAUUUAUACACUGCAAUGAAGGGUACACUUUGCAAGGAGAUGAACACAUUACCUGUGGGGCCGGAGGAUCGUGGAGUUCUACUCCUACUUGUAUUUCAAUAGACUGUGGGGAUCCAGCUCCUUUUAACGGUCAGUCUGACACGCCGGAGGGUACCACUCUGGGAUCUGUAGCAGGUGUUAGCUGUAACGAUGGUUACGUUCUGUCUGGAGACGCCAUAUUGACAUGUGAAACCGGUUCAAUAUGGAGUGAUGACCCAACUUGUAUUAAAGAUUGCGGUGAUCCAGCGCCAUCUAACGGUGGGGCAAGUACUGUGAGUGGUACAACGCUUGGUGAAACUGCUACAGUCACAUGUGAUUCUGGUUAUGACCUCACUGGUUCCUCUACACUUACAUGUACUGACAGCGGCUGGGAUGGUACGCCAAUUUGCGUUAUACAAGUCUGUGAAGACCCAACACCUGCUAACGGAUAUGCCCAGCUACCUACUGGGAGGACGUUUGGCUCAAGUGUUUUUCUCAGCUGUGCGACUGACUACACUCUUAUGGGAGACUCUCUGAUUGUAUGUCUUAAUGGUGGCGUGUGGAGUGAUACACCAUCAUGUGUUAAAAACUCGGAACUUCCUGACGCUACAACGCAAACGCCUGCACAAGAGGAUAAUACGUUCAAUUUUGAAACUACUUUGAUAUUUGGUCUUCUGCUUGGAUUGGUUGUAUUGGUUGCAAUUAUAUCAGCAGGAGUUUUCAUCUACCUCAAACGAUGCCGACAACCAGCAAACAAGCAUGAAGUUAUAGAUGAAAGUGAAUUCAGACGAAGUGCCAUCCACGACGGCUAUCCCGACGAUUUUGACGACGACGAUUUAAAUUACCCGCCGAUAUUGCUGGCUCAUCCUCCACCAAGCAGUCGAGAGGCAGUGCCGCCUCUGCAGUUUACACAGAAAGGUAACGUAAAUAUAGUACCACCAAUGACUAAAAAGGAAAAACCGCCUGAAGAUGUGAAGAAAGCUCUUGGAGCAGCCGCUGUGUUACCAACACCUCCUAAACCAGUAAAUGGAAAGAAUAAGAAAGGUUUACCACCUGUUCCUGACGAUGUCCGAAAAAUGCAUGAAAGUCAACCAAAGUCAUCUCCAAGAAUUCCGUCUGUAACAGAUGCACUUCCUCAAAACGCUGAGAUCACUGCACCUGUAAAUGAAUUUGAAAGCACUGAUAAUUCUAGACAAGUAAAAAUGACAGCCCUUAAUAAAGAUCUCCAACAAACUAUUUCUAAUGAGAAGAGUGGUGCUAUUCCAAAAGCACAAAAAUCAGUUACAAAACCGACAGGUCUCAAAAACAAACCGCCACAAAAGAAAGACGACAAAAAAGUGGUUGAUCUGAAACGCAAAGUACCUCCAUCAAAAUCAAAACAGGAGAUAAAUAUCGCGAUAAAACCAGUCACAACUGUCAAAACUAAGCCUUUAAAGGAAUCUUCAAAACCAGUAACUAAAGACAUUGAACAAGAUAAGAGUAAAGAAAAUAUUCCGACCGACCUGAAAUCUGAUGAGACUGUCAUAGAUAUAGAGGGUGAAAGACAAGAAGAUAAACCAAAAUCUUCUGUGCCAAUUCCGACUAUAGAUAUAGAGCAAUGCACUCCAAGAAAAGAAAGUCAAUCCAAAGAAACUGAAGACCAGUCCAAUACAGCCGGGAAGAAUAAAAAAGACGCUUUGCUUUCCGCCAGAGAAAAAGCAUCUUCCGAAUCUGGAGAACGGACAGAAAGGAAUCAGUCAUUUUUGGUUAAAAAUGAAACAAAAAAUGAUCAGAAGGAUUUGGAUGCAUUCUUUGAUGCAGACAGUACAACAGAUAAAGCUGAAUCCCUAAACGAUCAAAAACGUGACGAACCGAGAGAUGACAAUUUAGAGCUACAAAGUAUAAGUACAAGCCAAAGUCCAUACAAGGAAAUGCAUCACCUUCUACCUCCAGUCCCACACCUUCAUAAUCAGUUUGAUCCUGUUAAAUCACGUAACAGUCCAGAAAGCCCGAAGGUAGGGUCUACAGGACAACACCAUAUGCAUUCAAAUGUAGCCAACAUUUCAUCUAAUGCCAUGCCAAUCAUGCCGUCUGUUGAAAGUGUUAUACCAACAGAAACCUCUCCUGCCUCUUCUGAAAAAGCUGGAGAUUCUGAUACGCAUGUAGAAACUUUACAUGAUGGUGACAAUACAGAUUCCCUAACCUCGAAUUCGGAAGUUGAUAUUCCAUCGCCACCACCGAAACCAACCAAACAGUUUAUCUUUGAUCCCGAGCCAACACCAGGAAUAUUUAAAAAGUCACUUCAUAGAAGUGAUCAUACGGACACAUUCUAUGGUGUAGAUCCACACGAAGAAUCGAGUCCAAAUAAACAUGUUAUUAGACCUGGUAGGUCGACAGGACCAGCUAAGAGUGCAGCAUCAUCAAGGCUUCUUAAGUCUUCAUACGGAACUAAACCUAAAGAGGCUCUGACUGUAUAUAAUCCAGCUAUUGCGAAAAAAGAAAUAGAUCCAAAAAUUAAAGAUAUUGAACAUAAUAAAAGAGAGAAAGAAAGGAAAGAACUUGAAAAGAUGAGAAAAAUAAGAAUGGGUGCUAUAUCAGCUGCUUAUGGAAGCAUAUCACCAACAAAAGGAAUGAAAAAGAAAUAAUUUGGUGCUUUUUUCAAAAACCGUGCCUUAGCUACUUCUUAAAAACAUUCAUGCUUUAACUAUUUAUAUUUGUGUAAUAACGCAAUUGUUUUUCAUAUACAUUGUAUUUGUAAAUCUUUAGAAUUCAAAUUUCCGUCCAUUGAAUACCAAGUGAUAUUUUAUGCAUUAAUAAAUAACAUUUUGUGUGAUACAUUUUAGAACAGUUUAAAUUUUGUUUGUUCGACAUUUAAUUUACUUACCUAAUAAAUACAUAUGACAAAUA